AUGAGCACAAUCAGUCUCCGCAAGGUCAAUACCCGUCUUCCCCCGGAAGUCAACCGCGUGCUCUACGUUCGCAACCUCCCCUUCAACAUCUCCAGCGAGGAGAUGUACGACAUAUUCGGCAAGUACGGCGCCAUACGACAGAUUCGCAUCGGCACGAACAAGGACACCAGAGGAACCGCCUUCGUCGUCUACGAAGACAUCUACGACGCCAAAACGGCGGUGGAUCAUCUCUCCGGCUUCAACGUCGCUAAUCGGUAUCUGAUCGUUCUCUACUACCAGCAGGCCAAGAUGAGCAAGAAGUUUGACGCCAAGAAGAAGGAGGACGAAAUCGCCAGAAUGCAGGAGAAGUACGGCGUCUCCACCAAAGAUAAGUGA